UUCCACCCGGAACACAAAGCGGACGGACCUCCGCCGGGAACCUCCGGGACCGGACUGUCGGUAACACCUGACGCCCAGCUCCGCCACCAUGGACUCAGACCUGGCUGUUUUAAUAGAAACUGUGAAUUUUGCAGCAGAAAAGCAUAAGAACCAGAGGCGGAAGGACCCGGACGGAACCCCGUACAUCAACCACCCCAUCGGAGUAGCAAGAAUUCUGAGUCACGAAGGAGGAAUCACAAACAUCCAGGUUCUGCAGGCGGCUCUUCUUCAUGACACUGUGGAGGACACCAACACCAGCCCUGCGGAACUCCAGGCCCAGUUCGGUGCGACGGUAGCCGGCAUCGUUCAGGAGGUGACGGACGAUAAAAGUCUGAGCAAACAGGAGAGGAAACGUCUGCAGGUGGAACAUGCGCCCCACUGCAGCCACGAGGCCAAACUGGUCAAACUGGCAGAUAAACUGUACAACCUGAGAGACCUGAACAGAUGCACACCUGUAGGGUGGACGGCUGAGCGGGUGCAGGACUAUUUCAUCUGGGCGUCUGAAGUGGUCAAAGGUCUGAGAGGAACCAACCCGGCUCUGGAGGAAAAACUGGACCAGCUGUUCCAACAGAGGAACGUCCACAUCUGAACCCAGUCACACACUGAUUUAAAGCACAAAUAAAACAGUUUUACCCAGA